UAUUAUUUCAGUGACAUGUAUUUAAACUGUUUUAAAUUACAAAUAUAUUUUAAUAUUUUAGACUUCGUUAAAGAUGACAAUGUUCAAUAUCUUUUGGAUAGUAGGCCAAUAUCUAUGCAUAAGGAUUUUGCUAAUACAGUACAUGGGGCUGGGGAUACUAUAUCGGACGAGGAUAAAAGGGAAGAUUUGCUCUCUCACAUUUCUUUCGAGCCAAGCAUCUUAGACUUCAAAGAAAGACAACUCGGUAUUCCUCACCAAGAAACUGUGAUCAUGUUUAACAAAGAUCACAAUAAAACUAUACAUCUUUCAUCAAUAUCUGGAAAUACACGGCAUUUCCAUUCAUCAUUUUUUCAAAGCAAAAUAAUUCCACCAUUGGGGAACACGACAUUUAAUGUUAUCUUCCUUGGUCGAGACGAAGGUGAUAUCGAUACACACCUUUUUAUACAUACUUUAGAUGGGACACUAAAGUAUCAGGUCAAAGGAAUAAGUGUUAGUAGUCCUUAUAGACUCCGACCUGUCGAUGUCAAGUUACCAUUAAAUGCAUCUUUUACACCUCUUAUAUAUAUGCACAAUCCUCAUCCGGAAACUUUACAAGUGGUGGAAGUAUAUAGCAGCGGUGGAGAAUUUCAACUAGAGUUACCAUCGGGCGAACCAGAAGGUACUCGAGAAUUAUGGGAAAUUCCACCUUAUCAAACAAAGCCUAUCAUCAGACUAACUUUUAAUGCUUACAUGGAAAAAAAUCAUUCGGCAUAUGUUAGAUUUAAAGUGAAUAAUACUGCUGAGAUCCUUGUGGUAGCAGUCGAAGUAGAGGUCAAAAGUGGAGCUGGUCUUCAUUGGGGUGGGAGUUCUGGAAUAAUUAAUUUAGGUAUGGGUGGAUCAUUACAGCCACCUAUUCGCCACCCUAUUGCUUUAAAAAAUUCCGCGAAGAAAGCAAUCAAAGUUAUGAAUAUUAUAAAUACACCUGUAACAAAAGCAUUAAAACUGCAUUUUGAGCGAGCAAUAAUUCCAGGAGAGACAGAUAUACCAAUCGCCAUUGGAAUGCUGGUUUAUGAUUGGAAAACCGGUUUGGAUGAGCAACAUUUCAAAGGCAAAUUGAUAAUAAAAGCAGUAGGUCCAGGUGGCUCUCAUCAAAAAUUAGAAAUUCCAUGGGUAGCUCAAGUGCUGCAGGGUGGAUUAGAAGUAAACACAUCGAUUACCCACUAUUGUUCUCCACAAUCCAAUCAAGCCCGAAACUUUAGCGUGGUGAACAAAUUUAAAUUACCACUAGCUAUUACGAAUGUCACGAUGUGUUCGAAUGCGAAAUCGCUUUUUACGAUAAAAGAUUUUACUCCUAGAGUAAUAAAACCCGAGCAAAAGGUCAAUAUAUUUUCUUUACAACUUGCCAAAGAACGGAAGGGUGAUAGCGUGAAAAUGGAGUCAUCGAUAUUGAUACAUUCGAACGUGUCCGUGACUGAAGUUCCGGUAUUGAGUUAUGACGGGAAACUGAAAAAAGUUAUGCUGAGCGAGAAGGAGAACGACAUGGGAACUAUGAAUUUCGGUACUGUAGGAAGCGGCACCGAGAACGAGGCAAUUUUCGCGCUGGAGAAUCAGAACCCCGUCAAUGUGGAACUACAUAGCUGGGGUGUGAAUAUGCCCGGUGCAGUUUUAGAAUUGAUGGGAUGUCAAAAUGGUCCCGCGGAUUUGUUGGAUAUGGAAUUUCGAAAUAUAACUGUGUGCAGUCCUUCUGGAAACCAAUACAUAAAACCGGAGUUUCUGGCAAUUUUUAAGAUCAAAGUGAAGACUCCUAUGGUCGAGGAAGAUACGAUUGUCGGCGAUGUUUUUGUGCGAACGACAUACGAGCGAUUUACCUUGCCGGUGUAUAUGCGAGUUGCACACGGCAAGAUUUCCUUGAAGAAGCUUAUUUUUACCGAUUGCUUCCCUGGAUCGAUCUGUGUGCAACAAGUAAAGGUGCACUCCACGUUUUCGAGACCGAUGGAAGUGACGCAUAUCGCACCUAUAAACAAGGACGACAGAAUAAAGUAUAUCCCGUUGGAGGAAGCUACCAUGCCAGUCAUAUCUAAAGGCGAGAAUAAUGUCGGCUCGAUACAAAUUGAUCCUUUGGUGACUUGCAAGCAACAUUGUUAUCUAGGUUUAUCAGUAGACACCAAUACGGGGAAUCAGUGGUUGAAUACGAUGAACCUUCCCUCGCAUACUCGCGACUCCGACUUGAAUUUGCUGAACACGCGAUAUGCGCGUUUCGUCAACUCUACCGCGGAUGGCUCGUGGGAAAACGUCACGAUGCGCUUGGACACAACCGAAGUACGCGGUCAUCGGUUUUAUGUAAACAUUAAACCAUAUUGGCCGAGUCUGUUGGUCGGUAUAAAAAACAAAAGUGUUUUGAUGUUCCCACUAACGCAAGUCGGAAACAUGUCGUACAGAACAAUCAAGUUGCACAAUCCGAGCGCGAGUCCGCUUAUAGUUCAGCUAGUUAUGGACUGGAGCUAUCCUCAAGGAGCACGUCUUUAUCAUUCUUUACCAAUGAAAUUUAAGCCCGUGUGCGCGGAAUGUUCGUCCACAGUCCCAGAAGAGUUCAAGCUAGAAGAGAAUGCUGAUGAGCGAGAGCUGUUCGAAAAACGAUGGAGUAUACCGGUAGCGUCUCAAUCGGUUCCUUUGUAUUUAUACCCUUUGGAAACAAGGAUGAUUCGUGUGGCGUAUACACCCGUCUCCGCUUCGGCGUCCUCUGGUUUUUUAUAUAUUAGAAAUAAUAUGACUAUUUUAGAAGUCCUACGUAUGAGCGGCCGAGGCGCGAGUGCGCAAUUUAGGUUCGGCAAUCGCAAGCCGGGGUCAACUACGCCCCUGCUAUUUGAACUUGUGGAUAAGCAUUUUAAAGAUUGCGAACGAGACCGUAGCAAACACGCUACGACUCCCGUUCUCACCGUAAAACACUCUUUCACGGCUAGGAACACGGGAGAGCUGCCGAUUGAGAUUUACGGCUUCUACAUCAAUGACUGGCGUUGCGAGGGUUACGGUUUCAAGAUACUCGAUUGCGCGCCUUUCAAGCUGAAUCCAAACGCUACUAAAAAAAUCGAGAUAGCGUUUACGCCGGAUUUUACGUUGUCGCGCGUGGAACGGAAACUGUUGGUGUUAACGAGCGGAGGACCGGACGGAGACGAGAAUGUCGAAAACGGUGUGGUGAUACUUAAUCUAUUGGCGAUUUUGCCGGUGCACUCAUUAGAUUUGUGCGCGCCGGUGUUCGCUAGACCAUCGUGGGAACGCGCGGUACAGUGGACCGCCAUUAGCAUUUCAUCGAUAGUGUUGGUGAGUGUUCUCGCGGUCUCGUUCUUCGAGGCGGAUCGAAUACUACGGGGAGCCCUGGCCAAUUAUUCGAAGGAGAGUCCAGUGCAACCGCCCCUGGAUCUGAGGAUGCUGUCACACAUCUCGAUGCACAAUUCGACGCAGAUCGGUACCGCUAACAAGAACGAGAGAAUUACGUCAAACGACGAUAAAAGCAAGACAAAGAAGGAUGAAACUUGCUUCCCGGAUUGGUCGUUGAUGAACGUUAAGAAGUGUAAGGACAAAGACGUGCAGAAAGGAUUGAAAAUCCCGGACUGGUCCACCGAGGAGGAACGUAGAUUCAAGUUGGACACCGAGUCUAAAGAUCUGCUGUCUUUCAAGCGAUGCGAGGAACCGUCUAAUGUAGAUAACACUACUAACGCCCUGAAUAUGACGAAUGGAUCGAAGAAGAAGAAUAACAGCAAGAAGCAAAGCAAUGCUUACGAGACUCAAUCGGACAAUUGUGUGGCGAACGAUACACUAACGGACACUCAAUUGGUUCAAGAGAAAAAGUAUACUGUUAAUAUGGUUACGAAGUCGAGUCCGACAUCAAAUAGAAAAGGAAAAGUACAAUCUACACAACCGAAUGUCAAGGAAGAGCCGAAGUUGUUCGAUCAUGAGGUUCAAGUGGACGCGGGAAUAAUCAAUAACAAUCGAAUUAACAAAUCGGACAAUAAGCGAAAUAAACAAACGAAUAACAUCGCAAACAACAACAGUAAUCACAAUAAUCACGUUUCUUUGAAAAAGCUCGAAUCAACGAGUGUUCAAAAAACCAUUCACCUUUCAGAGGAAGAGACCUCAUCCACGACAACGGAGAGUUCGACCCACGAUGAAACAACGUCCUGUAAAAAUUUUGAUCAACCGUGCGGGAAGCAAGAAAAGCUCCAAAGAAAGCCGAUAUCUAAGAAAAGCAAACCUCAGUCUAUUCCUCCUGUGCCAUGCAUAGAUUAUAAGGAUAAUUACGAAGGCGACUGUGAUGACGAUGAAUAUGAUAAAGAAAGGCAAAAUAAUCCAAAUAGAUGGAAGACGAGCUCUAGUAGAUCUAGCAUGAAGCACCAUGUUCAUACCUCACGCACCGUUGAAUCAUCUUUCAAGUUAUCACGUCAGAAUAAGAAUCCACCACGGAAGGAGAAGACAGUGCAGAAACGUCGAAAACACAUCAAAUCUCCUAAUGUAAAUGGAAACAUAAGCCAAAAAGAGGAUGUAACGCGCGGCGUAGGAACAACAAUUCCGACUCCAUUGCCGCCUCCGCCCUCGUGUUGGGGCGAGAACAGAGCUAAGUUCAGCGACGUGGUGGCCCGAAGUCAGGAGAUCGUUUUGCCGUUCUCCAAUUUAAAUCAUGUAAAUCACAAGAGUCAAACGAAUAUGUCAAAUCUGUCCACGGUGUUCGGCACCGACGUCAAAGAUGUUCAAUAUGCUAAAUCACAGUCGACGCAAGAGUUGUUGCAGACAUCGAAGGAGUAUAGUUUGAUGUCAAAAACCCCUCUCUGUAUCACAUCACUGGACAAAGAUAAAGCACUCAAUUCGGAGCCUCUAAUCUUACAGCCGGAUGUGCAACAUUCGAAUAGUUACUUCAUCAAUACUUUCACAGAACAUCCUUUUGAACGCGAACUGGUGCCAUACGACGAUCUUCCAGAAACUGACGAGCCUUUAGUAGAACUGGAGACACCUGAAGAAGACACGCGAUGUCAAUUGUGGGAAGAUACUACUCCUAUGAUAAAUUUGAUGGCAGACAGUACAAGCGGAUUUCAGUUGGAAUCACCGAAAACAACAGAGAAACCUGUUUUGUCUGAUUUGAAAGAUAAUUGGACAGUUGAUACGAAUUGGGAACCAUUGUAUACCAGAGCGGCGGUCGGAGAGGAACGUAGUGGCGUGUGGGGAAUCAAUACGGGGGGUGUAUGGGCUGCAGCACCCUGGGGUGCAGCUGCACCGCCCAUGAUGUCGCAAACAUUACAGUCCGAGUCGGAUACGCAAGAACGAUCCGGAUUUGAUCCGUUUCGUUCGCUCAGCACAAUAUGGACGCCGUCAUCGACUGAAUCGUGGCGAACGAAACGCGAGGAUUAAUAUGAUAGAAGAAACAAAGGAAGGUUUUAUCUUGUGAUAUCGUACGUUUUUGUUUCACGAUUUUUUGGCAAAAAUCGAAAGUAAAUGACGGUCUCUUAACAGCGACAAUAUGAUUGUUGCGACCAUGAUAUAUGGAUUCGAAAGCCACAUUGGAAAUUGUUAUAUUUUGUUACAACUACGCUGAGCGUACUUUGUGAUAUGAUUGUUACUAUUACGUUGGACGUAGUAACACACGCAGAUAUGAAUAGUUUCUCGAACGAGUUAUUUUCAUAUUGUUUCUUAAACCAAAAUCUAGAUGUUAUGUUUCUCAUUUUUUAUUUCUUUAUUUAAAGCAUACUAAUGCGAUACUUUAAAUUACUAUGAGUGAGGUGUACUUUGUGCAGGAUAAUUGAUUAUUCUUUUCUUUUUGUUUGGUUUGUUUUAUAAGAGAUACAUAUAUUGAUUGAUCGAUUACAAAUAAAAUGGAAAUAGCACAUGUGGAAUUACAGAACUUGCAUAAAAAAGUGGAAAAAAAAAGGAAAUGCAGUUUUUCAUAUUAUAAUCACAGCACGUAUUAAUUUAAAGGAACAACUAUAUCGUUAUACAUGGCUUAUAUAUACGGAAAUUUAUUAUUUGCUUCUUGAUUUACAGCACAUUCUUUCUCUUCUCUCGCGACAUUGUCCGCGUAUGCAUAUGUAAGGGGGAUUAAAAAAAAGAGGGACUAAAAAGGGGGGGAGAAAAGAAAAUAAACUAUCGCAAUACUCGAGAGUCCCGGAUCUUGGUAUAUUAAUCACGAAUAAUAAUUAAGUUAUUCGAGACGAGUGAGAACUGUGAUUUUUUAUAGUCUUGACUUGUAGAGAUACCUUCAAGCAAAUUUUCAAGAGUAAGUUUUACAAGGUUGCGCCGUAUACAAAGUAUGAAAAGUGAAAGAAAUGUGUACCUAUUCUUCAAGACUGGUAAUCGUUGUGUUUUAAUAAAGAAGUCACAAAAAAAGUGCAUAGUGAUGUUUUAAAAAG